GUAGCAAUUGCAUAAAAUAACCUAUAUUUAGACGCUAAGUGUGGACUGUCUGUAAAGUUAGCUAGUUAAUCGCAUUCGUUUAACUGGCCUGGCGCUGGCAUGCUUCUAAAGAACAUUAUAGCUCGCUUUAUUAAUAGCUAUCUAUUAAUAAAGGCUUAACAUUAAUCGUUGGGGAUACUGUUCCGCUAAAUAUACAGCUCACAACUAGCUAGCUAGCUAACUAACAUCAUAUUAGCUAUUCAUCAGGAAUUGGCAGGUUCGGGCGUUCUUUCGUCCGUCUACGAACGCUUGAUAAUUUCUGUAAUUUUUAUAAACUUUGGUCUGAUCGCAAAGCCGCUGCGGUGAAAGAGCCUAAAACUGAAAACAAAUGGAAGAGAGAAAAGUGAGGCGAAAAACUCAAGGGCUGUUCAAUAAUCAGCCUCCUCCUCCGCCGCCUCCUCCUCCACCACCCGCUUUCUUUUAUCGAAAACUCCCCAUCUCCUCCAGUAGAAGUCUUGAUUCUUUGAAAUUGGGAACGCACUCCAAUCAGAAAGCAAAGUGCCGGAGAGGGGGGAGAGACAAGCCCAGGCCGCAGGGGCAGAUGGGAAAGAGCAGCCAGUCCGCUCCCAUCCAGCACUCCUUCCUCACGGACGUGUCUGACGUGCAGGAGAUGGAGAGGGGCCUGCUGAGCCUCCUCGAUGACUUCCACUCAGGAAAGCUACAGGCCUUCGGGCACGAGUGCUCCAUCGACCAGAUGGAGCAAGUGCGCGAGAUGCAGGAGAGGCUGGCCCGCCUGCACUUUGACCUCUGCCGCCAGGAGGAGGAGAUGGCGGAGGACCAAAGGCAGGCCGCCAGCGACGCCAACAUGAACAAGCUGCUGGCGAACCUGGAGGAGUUGAGCUCAUCGAUACAGAAGCUAAACCUUGCAGACAGCCAGGAAUUACCCAGGACCUCCAGCUUCUAAUUUUCUGAAGCUCUGACCCACCUGAAUACAUAGGCAUUGUGCUCCUAACCUUGACAACAAGAAGGGCGUGUAGUAUUACACACACAACAGGGCUUCACCUCUUGGCCCUCAUUUUUCCUAUGUCCUUAGUGAAGAAAGAAGAUACUUGUUUACACUUAAAUUGCUCAAUUUACACUUUAUUUGACC